AGUCUCUUGGCCAAUCCGGUGUAUGAGUUUCCCAGUCUCCUCCUUCGAAGUGACUUUACACCCGGUUACUCUGUGCUGCCUCACGCUUGGUGUACAGCUGCUGUCAAAAAGCAUAAACGAAAGUCGCCAUACUGAGGUUUUCACCAUGGUUUUAGAACUAGACUUGUUGCGUGAAGAUAAGGGAGGCAACCCCGAGCUGGUCAGAGAGACGCAGAGGAAGAGGUUUAAGGACCCCGGCCUGGUGGACUCCUUAUUAGAGGCAGACAAAGCGUGGAGAAAAUGCAGAUUUCAGGCUGAUGCAUUAAACAAGUCGAAGAAUCUUUGCAGCAAAAGCAUUGGAGAAAAAAUGAAGAAAAAGGAGCCUGUUGGUGACAUUGACAUUCUUCCAGAUAAUAUAUGCAACGUGGAGGAAGUAACAGCAGAUAUACUAAGCUCUCUCACAGUAACCCAGAUCAAAAAGUUACGGCUCCUAAUAGAUGAAAAAAUCUCAGAAACAGACGCAGAACGUUUACGCCUAGAGACUGCAAGGUUUGAAUGCUUGCGAGAAAUAGGAAACCUGCUGCAUCCAAGUGUUCCUAUCAGUAAUGAUGAGGACAAAGAUAACAAAGUGGAACUAUUGUCAGGGGAUUGCACUCAACGAAAGAAAUACUCCCAUGUGGAUCUUGUUACUAUGGUGGAUGGCUUUGAAGGAGAAAAGGGGGCAAUAGUUGCUGGUAGCAGAGGGUACUUUCUUAAGGGUCCAUUGGUGUUUUUGGAGCAAGCUAUUAUCCAGUAUGCACUUCAGACUUUGGCUGGAAAAGGUUAUACCCCCAUUUACACACCAUUCUUUAUGAGGAAAGAAAUAAUGCAAGAAGUAGCUCAGUUAAGCCAAUUUGAUGAAGAACUGUAUAAGGUGAUUGGAAAAGGCAGUGAAAAGCAUGAUGAUGGGUCCAUCGAUGAGAAGUAUCUGAUUGCUACAUCAGAACAGCCAAUUGCUGCUUUGCAUCGUGAUGAAUGGUUGAAGCCUGAAGAUUUACCAAUCCGUUAUGCUGGUUUAUCUACAUGUUUCCGUCAGGAAGUGGGUUCACAUGGAAGAGAUACUCGGGGGAUCUUCAGAGUGCACCAAUUUGAGAAGAUUGAGCAGUUUGUUUAUACAUCACCACAUGAUAACAAAUCAUGGGAAAUGUUUGAAGAAAUGAUUAAGACUGCAGAAGAGUUUUACCAAACACUGGGCAUUCCUUACCGUAUUGUCAACAUUGUAUCAGGUUCAUUAAAUCAUGCUGCAAGUAAGAAGCUGGAUUUAGAAGCCUGGUUCCCAGGCUCUGGUGCCUUUAGAGAGUUAGUGUCUUGUUCAAACUGUACAGACUAUCAGGCUCGAAGGCUACGUAUUCGUUAUGGACAAACAAAGAAGAUGAUGGACAAGGUUGAUUAUGUGCAUAUGUUAAAUGCUACAAUGUGUGCCACAACACGGACUAUCUGUGCAAUUUUAGAGAAUUAUCAGACUAGCGAAGGAAUUAUUGUUCCUGAAAAACUAAAGGAUUUUAUGCCUCCUGGACUCAAAGAAAUCAUCAGAUUUGUAAAGCCUGCUCCAAUUGAUGAGGAACCAAACAAAAAGCAGAAGAAGCAGCAAGGAGGAAAGAAGAGUCAAAAUUCUGGUUUAGAAUCUCAGAUGCACAAUAUGGAUGUGAAUAGUGCCUAAUAAUCCAUCUAUUAAAUUGCUGAUGGCUGUGCAUCAUCAUCAUCAUAUUGUUUACUGGCAAUUGGAGAUCAAUUGUAAUCAACUGUUACUGGUCUUCAAAUUGUUUGUACACAGGAAAAAUACUGACAUUUGAAUCUACAACGUGUUUAAUGAUGUUGACUAAAAGUGGCAUAGUGCGAUAAAUAAAUAAAUGGGUUACAGAUAAAACCUUUCAAUCCAUGUCAAUUCAGU